AUGGCAACAUUCAAAAUUAAUUUUUUCGUGAUAUUAAUUUUUGCAAUUUUCUUCAAAAAUAUAAACUGUCGUAGUUGGCAAUAUAAACACCAUUUAAAAACAAUUUUUCAGAAUCCUUCGCCUGUUAAAGCCACCAAUGCUCGACGCCAAUAUCUUCAUCAUAUGCAAAGUAAAUCUCAGUUGUCCUCGUAUUUCUUGCACUGGAUAGGAAAACGUGAUUUUUUAGUUUUGCCUCCUAAAAGACAGGCCUCUCAAGGAGCUGAUAUAUUCUAUAACGAGCCUCUGACCUCAAGAAAAACUUACAGUCCUCGGUUUGACCUCACAGAUUUGUCAAAUCGGGAAUUUUUGAAACAAUUACAAAAAUUGGAUUCAUCAUCUGACUAUGUAACUGAAUUAUUUCCGGACUCGUUAGCUUCCUUUAACAGUGAUGAUGAUGGAACGAAAGAUGACCAUGGAAUAAUCUCUUCCGCCACAGAUAUAAAUCAAGCUAAUUAUUAUGUUUCACAAGCAUUUAAUGACAGACUUACUGAUAAUAAUGAUAUCAUAGAAAAUAUCGAAGAGACCUUGCCAUUAAGUGCUGUUAUUGAUGGGGACUUGAUCGAAUAUUCAAAUGACCAGAAGGUAUAUCCGGAACAGCUCUAUUUUAAAGACAUUAAUAUGCCCAAUGGGUAUUCUGAAAAAGACGUUCCCCAAUCGCUUGUGAGAGAAUUGGACUUAAAAACCAAUAUGGCUAUGGCUGAAAAUGCAACACCGGAAGUUGACGGUCUCGAAGAAAACGAACAUAGUGUAGCGUCAACCGAAGAUACCAAUAAAAUAAUCAACACGUUACUAAAUUCUAUUCAACUUUUACUAGAAUCAAUCGCUAAAAUGGAUACUCGUAGCAAACUUACGACAGUCACAAACAAAAGGGCUUCCUAUAAACCGGAAGUAAAUUACCACCAUCUUUCCAAAAGGCCAGCUAAUAUUUAUUCACCUAUAUCUCCACAUCGUCCAUUUUAUUUUAAGGGAAAUAAUGACAGGUUUCAAGUUGUUAUGCCUUUAAUGCGGAGAUAUCCUUAUUCAAACGUGGUACGAUUGUCUUCUGGAUGUACUGGUACUUUACUUACACCAUACCACGUUCUAACUGCAGCUCAUUGUGUUCAUAAUGGUGAAGAGUUCAAAACUAAUCUAGAAAUGUUAAAAAUAGAAAUUCCUGAUACUAUGGGAUUUCGGGUUUAUUAUAUUAAAAAAAUCAGCAUUCCGAAAUCUUGGAGAAGGUCUGGGCAUUUAUCGGACACAGCCAGGGCUUCGUUUGAUUAUGCCAUAGUUCGAUUAAGCGUUGGUGUUCCAGGAAAAACAGAAUUUGUGCCACUUUCAGUUCCUAAACUGAACGUUUUAAAUCAAGAUAUGAAUUUUCUAGGAUUUCGUACUGAUGAGAGCUCUGGCCUGUACAAAUCGGAAUGUCGCUCACCGUUCGGCUUGUCAUUCAGAAAUGUGAAUCUAAUAGUUGCAAACUGUGAUUCGGUUGUUGGAAAUUCAGGAGCUGCAGUGUUUAUUGAUGAUCCUAGAGAAGGGAAACGUAUUGUUGGUGUAUUAUCGUAUGCUGAAGAAUCAAGCCGGUAUAGUUUCAUCAUGGCAUUAACGUGGAAUAAACUUUAUGAUAUUUGUUCAAUGAUUUCACAUUUAGGUCAAAUAUAUGGAGUUUGUCCGGAUUUUGAAACUAUUCCUAGAAUGAACCCACCUGUACAUAACAGAAUUAUUCCAUUUUUUGGUAGAAAGUAA